UUUUAAAACGGAGGAGCUCGUGUAUGUAGAGCUCCAAUGUUAUGGAUUAUAACGUCGCUCUACAAAAGGUCGGCGAUUUUGGUUUAUAUCAGAAACUAUUAUGCGGCGUAUUGGUGAUACCUUCUGCUGCAUUUUGUGCUCUUGUUUACUUCACACAGUUUUUUAUUAUCUUGGUGCCUGAACAUUGGUGCUACGUUCCUCAGGAUGUGUUUUGGAACCAGUCCAUGCCGGAGGACGAACAGCUUCGAAGGUGUUACAUGUACGAUGUAAAUUCAAGUUCAUUCAUAGACGAAUUAACAGAUCAAUCGAAUAAAACACUUAUACCGUGUCAAUAUGGUUGGACUUACGAUUUUAGUCAAUUAUAUCCAACAAUAGCAACUGAGCUCAAUUGGGUAUGUGAUAGUAAACUUAAAGCUAGAAAUGAAAGUUUUCUUAGAUAUGGACGAAAACCAUCCAUUAUAUGUAGUUAUGUCUUAGCAUUUGGUGCAGGCUUAAUAUCAGCAUUUACAACAAAUUUUUAUAUGUUUGUAAUCUUAAGAUUCUUAGUUGGUGCAAGUAUUAUUCCAUUAUCAGAGGAUCCAUAUGUUCUUAGUUUAGAAUAUAUUGGAUUAGAAAAGAGAACUCUUUCUGUGAUAUUUUGGAUAUCAAGUUACAUUACUUUUUCAGCUAUUUGUCCAUGGAUUGCUUAUGCAAUAAGUGAUUGGAAAAAAUUAUGUAUUGCAACAUCAGUUCCUUUGCUUCUCAUAGUUUUAGGAGGAAUAUGGUUACCAGAAUCUGCAAGUUGGCUGUUAACUCAGGGUCGCUAUAAAGAAGCCAUUCAACUUUUGAAAAAAGUUGCAAAAAUUAAUGGAAAAGAAUUCCCAGAAGAAUAUGAACAUAUAUAUGACGUAAGUUUAGAAUAUAUUGGAUUAGAAAAGAGAACUCUUUCUGUGAUAUUUUGGAUAUCAAGUUACAUUACUUUUUCAGCUAUUUGUCCAUGGAUUGCUUAUGCAAUAAGUGAUUGGAAAAAAUUAUGUAUUGCAACAUCAGUUCCUUUGCUUCUCAUAGUUUUAGGAGGAAUAUGGUUACCAGAAUCUGCAAGUUGGCUGUUAACUCAGGGUCGCUAUAAAGAAGCCAUUCAACUUUUGAAAAAAGUUGCAAAAAUUAAUGGAAAAGAAUUCCCAGAAGAAUAUGAACAUAUAUAUGACGAAGAAAAUCUGGAAAAUGCAUGUCAAAAACAACAUAUGUCAGAAUCAAAUGCAUCAUUUUUUGAUUUGUUUCGCACUCCUCAGUUAAGAAAAAACUCAUUGUUGCAAGCCAUUAUGUGGUUCUCCAUAUACAGUUGUUAUCAUACAAAUACUCAAAAUGCCUCUAACUUGGGAACAGACAUCUAUGAAUCCUUUACUUUUGGUGCUCUGGUGGAGAUUCCUUCUAUGCUAAUUGUUUUGUUUGGUAUAGAUAAAAUAGGACGACGUUGGCCUAUUAUUAUUAUGUCAAUAUUAGCUGGAAUUGCUGGAAUUAUAACUUUUACUAUUCCUGCAGGUAAUUCUGAAGCCAUUCUAGCUUUAGCAUUAAUACAAAGAAUAUGUAUUACAGCUAACUAUAAUAUUAUCAUACAAUAUUCAGCUGAAUUAUGUCCAACUGUAUUGAGAGGACGUGGUUUAGCAUUUUUGCGACUGAUGGGAACUCUUGGACUUUUUCUCAGCCCAUCAGUGGUUUAUUUAGGACUCUCAUAUUAUUCACUACCUCUAAUUAUAUCUGGAGGUGUUAUGUUGUUAGUUGUAAUAUAUGCAAUUUUUCUACCUGAAACUUUGGGUCAACAUCUUCCACAUUCCAUAGAAGAUGGAGAAAACUUUGGAAAAGAUCAGAAUAUUUUUGAUUGUCCUUGUAUAGCACCCAAGUUAGAAGAUAGUAAAGAGAAGUCAGAAUCAUCUAUUCCACAAGCAGUUUAGAACAGCUUUUUUUAUUUUUAUCAAAUUAAAUCAUCGUCAUUUGUUGAUCUGAUAAUAUUUAUAGUAUUUUAGUUUUUUAUAAUUUUAUUUUUCUUUAAAAUUUGAUUUUUGCUAAUAUUAUUGAUUGUUUUGUUUUAUUAGUAACAUUUUGAAGUAUAUUUAAAAUAAUCUUGCAAGUUUAAUAAUUUACAUUCUGAAAGUUAAGAUGCAUAUCUGAGCAGCUUAUGAUUUCAUUAAAAAAUUUAUUGUCAAAUAAAUAUUAAGUUAUUUAUAACAAUUGAAUUGAAAUGUAAUAUGCCUGUUUAAUUGAUAAAAUUUUAUAGAAGAUUAAUACCCAAAAA